AUGUCAGCCCCAAUAUAUAAUUUGGACGUCUAUGAAAUACAGAGGAACCUGGUCGACGUCGAAGCUCUUGCUCAGCAAGCAUCUCGAUACCUCAAGAUUGCCGCGGAGGAUGCUGAAUUCCUUAGCUACCAUGCUACCCGCCGGGACGAGAUUGUAGCUGAACUCUACAGGCAACCCGGGAUCAAGCCCGAUACCAGUCCCGAUCAAUUCAUUCCGCAGGGCGGUGAUCCUGACGUGCAUCUUAUCCCUGCCAAUGCCGUGAUCGAGCAACUCACGCCGCCUAAGUCACUUGAAGAGCGUUUCAAACGUUUGCACUUUGCCGCGGCUGCGAUGUCGGUUUUCAGCCAAUUCAAGAUCGCAUACGGGCUGCUAGAUCAUCCCGACCUUGAGAGGCAAUAUCAGCGACGGAAGACGCAGAUCAUGAGUGAAUAUUACAAGACGGAAUUUGCUCUUCUGUUCCCUGAAAGCAUGAAACGUGCUGCCGCCUGGCGCAUGCCAGCGACUCCACCGACGCGCCCUGCCACUCCCCCUGCCACUCGCCCUUCUGCGGUGUCCAGGUGUGUCUCUAGAGAGGACGUAGACCAAUUUCUCAGCAACCCCAGUACCCUGUUGGGAAAACGAUUCGUGCACUCUCCUCAGAGCGGAGGUCAAGAUCAAGGUGAUUGUAGCACAUGGCACGUCGCUUCGUAUACCGUUCGCGUAGCCGACGGCGGCGUCGAGCACGAGUAUCAGGUCGCGCUCGAUGCGUCGGGCGAAGGUGCUCUGCCCAUGGAUGGAGAGGAGGUUCGAGAACUCCUACAGCACUCCACAUUUGCUGCGUAA